UCUAAAUCAGAAGCGUCAUUUUCCUCGGAUAAAUUCGGUACGUUAAUCUUUCCGGUGAACGUUCGAUCGGUGCCGUCUUUGAGCUUGCCCUCCCACUUCAACACGAUGUCCCACUCGUAGAAGAAUAUCAAUUUUCCUUUUCUGUUGUUGGCGGAGGCCUCGCCUUCGAGUUUAUCCACAGAGUUGAUGGUGAGAUCGGCUUCGUUCGAUUCGAUUUUCUGCCCGACGAACAGCUCUUUAAUUUCUCCCUCGACCAAGGGCCGGCGUUUUUCUCCGUCCAAUGCCAGUUGUUUACGUUGGUGGCGUCCGGUCGCUCCUCCACUAUCCACCUGGGAUCGCCUUCGCCCCAUUUAGCCAUAUUAAGAGUCGUAUAAAGGGAGAACUGCAAAAUGUUUGUUAUUAUUAUGUAUCGUUAUCACUACAGAGUUAUGUCACUAAAUUAACCACGUGCGGAUUCAAAUGUAAUCAUACUUACGAUAGAUUUGAAGGUUUUAAGUUGGAGGUAGAUUAAAUGUUGGUUAUUAAUUACAAGGCGAUUGAAUCGACUAGGUAAAUGUCGGUUAUGAACGUCGAAUGGUGGCAGGCAUUCAGAUGAAUCCGUUAAUCUAGUUCAGUUUCCUUUGCUAGAUUCUAGAAUAUUAAUUUUCUAGAAAAUUCCAUAUAAAAUUUGUGCUAGUGUUUGAAGUUUGUGACGGAUAUGUCAAAAGUGACGUUUAUGACAAUGUAUUCUUCUUUUUUAUUAACAUACUGGAUUUGUGCCUGCAAUUAGACAACAUUUUAAAUGGAAAGUGUCAAAAGUUGACAAAUGUCAAUAAACUUUACGCAUAUGUUAUUAUUAUUAUAAAUGAAUUUAUUAAUUUAUACAACAAAACAAAAAUAAAAUUCGCCGAAUACUCGUAAUAUGUCCGAAAAUAAUGCACUAAAUGAGAUCAAAACCGAACAAGUACCAAACGAAGAUUCCAACUCAACAGAUUUAAAACCAGGACAAAAAAUUAAAGAGGAACCGGAUUAUCCCGAUUAUGAAAUCGACGCCACCGUAGACUUCCCUGAUAUAAUUCAAUUAAAAAGCGAAUUUCCAGAUAAAUCCAAGCCCAAGCACGAAUGCGACGUAUGCUUGAAAACCUUCCCGUAUCCAUCCGCUCUAAAGCAACACCACAAAGUCCACAAAAAGCGGCACAAAUGCCAGUUCUGCGACGACAGCUUCACAAAAAAAUCAGAUUUAACCCUUCAUUUAAAAGACCUCCACCAAAUCCAACAAUCCUACCAGUGCAAUACAUGCUCCAAAGAAUUCUCUACCAACUACAAAUUGAGCCGACACCAGUUAUCCCACACCAACGAAAAGAACUACGUGUGUUCGAUUUGCUCGAAACCCUUCAGACAAAGCGGCCAUUUACACUCCCACAUGCUGGUGCACACGGGCGACAGGAAAUUCGAGUGCCCCCAAUGCUUGAAAGCCUUCAAAGAAAACUCCAAGCUCAAGAAGCACCUCGAGACCCACCUCGACGACUCCACCAAAGAGAAGCUCGACAUGAAAUUCGAAUGCGCCGUUUGCUGCAAAGUGUACAGCUACAAGCAACACCUCCAGAACCACAUCAAUCUGGUGCACGACGGCAAGGCCAUGUUCCCUUGCAAAAUAUGCUCGAAGAACUUCCCCGACAACACCAAGCUGAAGCGGCACGUGGUCGUGCACACCGGCGAGCGGAAGUUCGAGUGUAAAGUGUGCGGCAAGAAGUACAAACAGAGCGCUCACCUGCAGAGCCACAUGUUGAGCCACACGGGGGAGUUCAAGUACAAGUGCCCCGAGUGCGGGAAACCUUUGGAGAACCGGUUCAAGCUCACCAGGCACGUGCAGCGGCAGCACACGAAGCGCGAACGCGGCGAGCUCCAAUGCGACAUCUGCUUUAAAGUUUAUACUCACCCGAAGAGAUUCGAUAACCACGUAGCCAAGCACUCGUCGAGCACAGUCACCUCCUGUCCCGUAUGCCAGAAACCUUUCGCCGAAAAAUACGGCCUCAAACGCCACCUGGUGACCCACACGGGCGAGAAACAGUUCAAAUGCCAAUACUGCGAUAAAGCCUACUCGCAAAAAGGCCACCUGCAAACCCACCUGUCGGUGCACACCGGCCAGCGGAACUUCAAGUGCCCCCACUGUCCCAAGGACUUCGCGAGCGGCUCGAAUUUGCUCAAGCACACGCGCACCCACACGGGGGAGAAGAUCUACCGGUGCUCGUACUGUCCCAAGGCGUUCGCCAACAACGGUACCUAUCGGUACCACGUCGCCACGCACACGGGCGAGAAGAGGUACCACUGUAAGGUGUGCUUCAAACGGUUCACCGGCGUCCAAUCGGUGAGGUCCCACAUGCUGGUGCACACGGGCGAGAGGCGGUACAAGUGCGAGGCGUGCAAAGCGGGAUUCAGGAAGAGUGUCGGUUUGAAGAGACAUCGGGAGAAUUGCAAGGGGAUCGAAGGAGGAGGAAAUGAUUGCGAAGGUGCUGUAGAUGGUGCUGUUAAAGAUGAAAACGAAACGGGAGAAACCUCGAUUAGUUAAUGUUGAUGAUACGUACGAGGGUAGGGUGGAAAGUUCUCGGCCUGAUGACGAUGAAAGACUGCGACUUUUAGUUGAUGAAUUACAUUAUUCUUCUUAUUAAGUCGAAAUAUUUAGUUCAAAACAGUUAUAAAUGAUUCGAGAGCGUUCUAAAUAGUUCUAUAUGAUUCUGGAGCGUUCUAAAAAUGGUUUUAGACAGUUCUAAAUGAUUCUGGAGGAUUCUGAAUGGUUCUAGACAGUUUUAAAAUGUUUCUGAAACGUUCUAAUUGGUUCUGAAGCGUUCUAAAUGGUUCAAGUCAGUUCUAAAAUUAAUUAUAAAUGCCCCAAAGAGGAAACAAGAAAUUUUGCUGAUUGCAUCAGGUCGAGUACUUUUCACCCUACCCUCGUAUGUAGGUUUUGAAUUGUUGCGAUUGAAUAAAAG